AUGUCGGACCUAGCACCUGGCCAGACGGUGCGUCUGUCUGAUGGCCGGACUGGUAUCGUGCGCUUCGUCGGCGGCACGCACUUCGCCAGCGGCGACUGGGUCGGCGUCGAGCUCGAGGAUGACAGCGGGAAGAACGAUGGCAGCGUUCAGGGAGAGCGCUACUUUGACUGCGACAUGGGACACGGCAUGUUUGUGCGCCCGACGACGUUGGUCAUCACCGCCCAGGCCCCCGCGGCGGCGCCGAAGCCCGCUCGCAGGCCCAGUCGGCCGAGCAGCUUCAACCCGGGCUCGGGACGGACGGCCAGCGAUGCGGGAUUGGUGAAGAGAAUGAGCCUCAAUGCCCCGAGUCCGAGUCCGGGGCCUAAAACGCCACGGCCGCCGAGCACACUGAGGUCACCGACCAAGUCACCCACAAAACAGCUCGGAUCAACAACUUCGAGUACUGCGCCGUCACGCACUAACACACCCUCCACCACCCGUACACCGACCGCCGGGGCUAAGGCACGGCCCGGCGUGGGUCCAUCUCGCACAUCCAUGGGCCCUCCAGCAAUGCCCGCAUCCAGAGCCACUCGACAGCCCUCGGCAUCUUCGGCACCGACAAGACCGACCCCAGGGCGACCUACGAGCGGUCGGCUUUCCAUGACUGGGCGGACAACCUCUGCCAGACGACCGUCUGCUGACUUGGCUGGGGACGACGAUACGAUGUCACCUAAUAAGGAUGGCGAGAAUAGCCCUGUGAGAGCCAGGACGAAAGCCCUCGAGAAGCUUACGUCAGGCUCGGCGGCAACCACGCCCGCAAGCUCUACUAAACCCGCGACAACCGCCCGUCCUACGACAAACGCCGCCGCCGCAAAUAGAGAGAUCGAGGAUCUGAAAGCAAAGCUCAAAGUGCUCGAGAGAAAGAGGUUAGAAGAUAGAGAGAAGAUUAAGCAGCUGGACCAGGUCCAAGGCGAGCGGGACAGGUUCCAGUCAAUUAUAGAGAAGCUGCAGGCCAAGUAUCAGCCCCAGCAGACUGAGAAUAAUGAGUUGCGGAAACAGCUGAAGGAGGCCGAGGAGAGGUUCGAAUCCAUCGAGGCGAUGCAGAUGGAGCACGAGACGGCCCUGGAGCUCGCGACGCUGGACCGUGAGAUGGCCGAAGAGACCGCCGAGGUCCUUAAAGUCGAACUCGAGGCUCUGAAGCAGAAGUCAGAAGAGCUGGAGCUCGAGGUCGAGAUUCUUCGUGAGGAGAAUGCAGAGUUUGAACAGGGCAUGUCGUCGGAAGAGCGUGCCAGCACCGGCUGGCUGCAAAUGGAGAGGACCAACGAGCGGCUCCGCGAAGCGCUGCUGCGGCUGCGCGACCUGACACAGCAGCAAGAGGAGGAGCUGAGGGACCAGAUCAAGACUCUGGAGGAGGACCUGAAGGAGUUUGGCACCGUCAAGGAGCAGUUUGCGACAGCGAAGGACAAGCUGGCCCAGUCCGAGGCAGCCGUCGAGGACCUCCGACAGCAGCUGGACAACGCUCUGGGUGCCGAGGACAUGAUUGAAGAGCUCACUGAGCGGAACAUGAGCAUGUCUGAGCAGAUUGAGGAACUCAAGGCCGUUAUCGAGGACCUCGAGAAUCUCAAGGAGAUCAACGACGAACUGGAGAUCAACCACGUCCAGAACGAAAAGGAGAUGCAGGAGGAGCUCGACUUCAAGGACAGCGUCAUCACGGAGCAGGCCCGACGGGCAGCCGAGCAGGAAGAAGCACUGGAAGACAUGGAGUACACUUUGUCCCGCUUCAGAGGCCUGGUCACCAGCCUGCAGAGCGACCUCGAGGACAUGCGGGCGUCGCACGCCGUCACCGAGACCGAGUCCGAGCAGCUCAACAGCAAGUCCCGCGCCAUGAUGGACCUGAACAUGAAGCUCCAGAUCUCCGCUUCCAAGGCCCAAGUCAAGACCAUCGACCUGGAGCUGCGGCGCCUGGAGGCUCAGGAAGCCGAGCAGCACUUGGAGAUUGUAAAGAUGUUCCUUCCCGACACCUACAAGGAGGACCAAGAUUCCGUGCUCGCUCUGCUGAGGUUCAGAAGACUCGCCUUCAAGGCGCAGCUCCUGCAGUCGUUCAUCAAGGAUCGCGUCAACGGCCAACCUCAAUCCGGCCACGAGGACGACAUCUUUGCCGGUUGCGACGCCAUCGACAAGCUCACAUGGGUCGCUUCCAUGUGCGAGCGGUUUACCAACUCCAUCAGCCACUGCUCGAUUGAGCAGUUCCAGCGGUUCCAGAACGCCCUGUUCGAGCUGGAGCCGGUGGAGCGGGCAUUGAACGGAUGGAUCGACGGCCUGCGCCGGGACGAACUUAAGGAGCAAAAGUGCGCGGACGAACUGCAGCGCACGAUUGCCCUCAUGUCUCAUCUCGCCGAGGUGCACCUCACCAACGAGCUGCCCGAUUUCGCCGAGGACACUUACAUGCAGACUGUCAUCAUGCAGAGCCACUUGGAAUCUGCUGGCUCGACAUUUGCCACCCUGAGAGCCAUGGUCCAGACGGUCAUUCCUGCCGAGUCCGAGGAGGACGAGAUGGCGCAGCACUUCAGCAAGAAGUCGGAGUUUGUCGUUAACCAGACCCGGAGCGCCAAGGUCAUCGCCGGCAAGGCUGUACGAGCCUUGCAGGACCUCAAGUCCAGGUCCCUGGCGCUGCCGCAGGAGACCAAGGAGUCUUUCGAGCAAUGUCAAGAUGCCACCCGCCAGCUUGCUGCUCUGGCCCGGGAGAUUGGUUUCGAACUGCACGCGCUUCUGCACGAGGAGGGCCGCACCGAGCCCUACACGUAUCGCGAGGUCCAGGACACCAUCUCAAAGGCCACCACCAAGGUUACCAUGUCGAGCGAGUCUGACUUCUUCUCAACGUACUUGUCAAAGCUUCGCACCCUCACCAGCCAGAUCUCGGACCUGGCCGCGCUCAGCGUGGACCUGUCCCAGACGCAAGAGUUCGAGGUCAGCCCCGCCCCCUGGAAGCUCCGCGCCCAGGAGCUCAAGGCGACCAAGACGAUUCCUGUCGAUGCGGAGGAGGAGUUGCGCCGCCUUAAGGAGGAGCACAACGAGGCCCGCCGGGCGAUUGCGCAGCGCGACGAGAACCUAAGCACGGCCAACCUCAAGAUCGAGACGCUCGAGUCGCGGAUGAAGGACGCUAAUGCCAAGGCUUCCCGCAUCGAGGACCUCGAGGCGCAAAUCGAGGCCGCCAAGCAGAAGGCCGCCAGCCUCCAAGAAGACAUUGACAAGCAGGACCGCGAGCUCAAGACUCUGGAGACGGACCGCGACAAGUGGAAGAAGAUUGCGGGCGACAGCAAGGUGUUCACGGACGGUGCGGGCGCGGCGGGCGCCAAGGCGGGCCAGGAGCGGGCGGUGGCGACGGCGCGCGAGAUGGACGCUCUCAAGAGCGAGAUCGCGAGCCUGCAGGCGGCCGUGCGGUAUCUGCGCGAGGACAACCGGCGCGCGAGGACGACGGAGCAGCACAACUACGACUGGCUGGCGGAGCCGCUCACGAAGCCGCCGUCGGUCGUCGAGCAGCGCCGCGCUCUCGUCGUCGCCGAGGGCAAGGACGCGCUCAGCGAGCUGGUCAAGUUCGCGACGUCGGCGCGGGUGUACGACCUCGCGGCGCUGCCCGAGGACAAGCUCGCGUGGAGGCCCGCCCGCAGCACGCCGCAGUACCACGCGGCCAAGCAGAGGGAGGACCUCGCGGCGUGGACGAGCUGGCGGGACUCGGUGCUCAAGAAGUCAGAGGUGGUGCUGGGCCGCAAGGACACGGCGGCGGAGAAGCGGCAGAUGAUGAAGAAGAGCGUGGCGGCGAGGUUGCAGAUCCGUCUGCCGGACGCGGACGGCAAGACAGUGCCUGGGGGCGGGCGGGACGUGCAGAUUGUGGGAUCGCGCGAGUGGGAGGGGAUGCAGGGCCGCCUGGCGGCCGCUAUAUGA